GAUAAGUAAUGUAUACCUCAUAUAAAACAGUUGACUUAUUUUAUAAAUUUUACUACAUAUUGCAAUGUUUGUAUAGCGUUAAAUUACUAUACUCCAAUUUGUAAACUGUUUUUCUAAGGAAUAUUGAAGCUUCUGCGUAGACUUUGUGUAAGUGGAAACAAAAAAGUUGUUGAUUCUAGUUUCGUUUAGAUAAAAAUUUCCGUUUGGAUUAAUAAACAAAAGAUGGCCUGGCAGUCAGUAACCAGAAACUUAAAUGAGAAGAUUGCUUACUUACUGACAACAAAAGAAUUAUCAGAUAUUACACUAAUUGUCGGUGAAAACAAAAAAUCUUUUCUUUCACACAAGUUGCUGUUAUCAAUAUACAGCGAGGUUUUCUGCAAUAUGAUUUAUGGCUCAGUGUUAAAUGACAAAUAUAAAAUAAUUUUAUCAGAUGAUGAUUCCACUGCUGUUGAUAUUUUCUUAAAGCACAUUUAUGUGGAUGAAAUAACAUUAAAUUCUAUAUCCGAAACAAUAUCAGCUUUGCGCUUUGCACAUAAAUAUAAGGUAACAUCUUUGAAGAAAAUUUGUGUCACUUAUUUGAAUAAUCAUUUAUGUCAGGAUUACAUUUUUGAAAUAUACGAAAUAGCAAAAGAUAUCAAUGAAGAACCAUUAAGAGAAACGUGUUGGAGGUUCAUUAAAGAUGACAUUUCUGAAGUUAUCAAGAAUAAGAAAUUGUUAACUGUGAAGUUUGAAACCAUGUUAGAUAUCGUAUCGAAGGAUGAUUUAAAAUUGGAAUCAGAAUUAGAUAUGUACAAUGCAGUUGUGGCGUGGGGAAGGAAACAAAUUGAAGAUAAUGACAUUAAAAAAUUACUUGAAAAAGUUUCUCCAUUAAUUCAACAAGUGAGAUUCAUUUCUAUGACUUAUUGCGAGUUGUUAGGAUCACCUUCCACUGAUGGUCUUCUAACAAAAAAUGAACUAUUUGAAAUAGUUCGAAGAAAAAGUAGCAAUGCAGAAAAACUAGGUGUAAAUUCAUACAACGUGCAUCAAUGGUACAAUCCAAGGAUGUUUCGAUCAUUUAAAUUGUAUCAUUUUUACUCGAUUUGUCGGUGUCAUUUACAGUGUUUUAGAAAUUUUCCAACUAUAACGGAAAUUUUCAAAACACGUAAUCAUAAUCUUUGUAUAUGGGGAGUUUUCCUAAAAAUUGGUUUCACAAGAUCUAGUUAUGAACCAUCCGUAAAAUUAAAAAUAGAUGUUACUUUAAGAAUUACUAAUAAGAUGACAUCUGCAAGGUGCCAUAAUACUGUAAAAAUUACUGUAUUUGUAAAGGAAAAGCGAAUAGGAAUCAACGAUAUACCUGUAUUCUUAUAUCGUCCAGUUAUUGUGAAGAAGAAUGAAAUCUGUGAAAUUAUUCUUAGUCCGUUAUUGCCUUUAACGCUGUCUUCUCACACAACGUUUGUCUCCUGUAGAUCAAACUGUUCUCUAUCAAGCCAGUUAGAAAGAACAAAUUUUAAUGAAAAUUCAACCCAUUUCAGUGCAAUUAUUGUAGAAAUUAUAUGA